AUUCCUUUCUCCCGUGUCUCAAAAUGGUCACUAGUCUUUAGAUCCAAUCUCAAUUUGAUCAGUUCGUUUUAGCUUUAACCUCAUUCGCAUCGGAUCUAAUAAAUCUGUUCAAUUUUCAAGCAAAAUCGCAUUCGUUCUAAGAUCCGUCUGAGUGAGCCAAGCAUUAGGUUGCGGAAUACAGAUUGUCUCGCUACCUUAUCAUUGGUGACAGUCGGAUUUCGAGUGGGUUAAGAUGGUGGUUCUUGCAGCUUCUAUUAUAACCAAAUCUGGCAAAGUACUUGUUUCGAGGGCGUUUGUUGGCAUGUCUCGCAUAAGAAUUGAGGGGCUUCUUGCAGCUUUCCCCAAGUUGGUUGGAACAGGAAAACAACAUACCUACAUUGAGACUGAAAAUGUGCGCUAUGUUUACCAGCCGAUAGAGUCUUUAUAUUUGCUGCUUGUAACAAACAAACAGAGCAACAUUCUUGAAGAUUUGGAUACACUGAGGACAUUUUCCAAAAUUGUACUUGAAUAUGCUCUCUCUCUUGAGGAAGAGGGCAUUUGCAGGGCAGCUUUUGAGCUGAUUUUUGCUUUUGAUGAAGUCAUCACCCUUGGGCACAAGGAAAAUGUAACUGUUGCACAGGUUAAGCAGUACUGUGAGAUGGAGAGUCACGAGGAGAGAUUGCACAAGCUAGUAAUGCAGAGCAAGAUCAAUGAAACUAAGGAUGUUAUGAAGCGCAAAGCUAGUGAGAUUGACAAAAGCAAGAUUGACAAGAACAGAGGUGACAAAGGAGGGUUAAUGUCUCUAAAUUCAAUGGGUUCUGGUAGAAUAGAUGGCGGUUUUAGCAGUGAAAUGAGUAUAUCUAGCACUGGAAGUGGUUCUGCAUUUGGAUUAAGCACUGACAUGGACUCCUUUUCUAGCAAGUCUAAAGGUCGUCCACCUGCAUCUGCUACAGCUCCCCCAAAGGGCCUUGGUAUGCAGCUUGGUAAAACACAGAGGACAAACCAGUUUUUGGAAUCUUUGAAGGCUGAAGGUGAAGUGAUUCUUGAGGAUGUACGUCCGAGUGCCAGUCAAUCGACUCAAUCUAGAUCUGCUGCUCCACCACCAACUGAUCCAGUCACAUUGACUGUAGAAGAGAAGCUCAAUGUGAUAUUAAAGCGAGAUGGUGGUGUCAAUAACUUUGACGUUCAGGGCACCUUGUCUCUUCAAAUUCUUAACCAGGAAGAUGGACUAAUUCAAGUUCAGAUUGAGACGCGGGGUAAUCCAGACAUUCUUUUCAAGACGCAUCCUAACAUCAACAAAGAGUUGUUCUCCAAUGAGAAUAUUCUGGGACUCAAAGAUCCUAGCAGACCAUUUCCCACCGGCCAAUCUGGUGAAGGUGUUGGUCUCUUAAAGUGGAGAAUGCAAAGUGUAGACGAGUCAGUUGUGCCAUUGACAAUCAACUGCUGGCCCUCUGUUUCUGGUAAUGAAACUUACGUCAGCAUUGAGUACGAAGCUUCAUCAAUGUUUGAAUUGCAGAAUGUCGUGAUUUUGGUUCCUCUUCCAGCUCUAAGAGAGGCACCAAGUGUAAGGCAGAUAGAUGGUGAAUGGAGGUAUGACUCCAGAAAUUCUAUUUUAGAGUGGUCAAUACUUCUGAUCGAUAACUCAAACCGCAGUGGAUCAAUGGAGUUUGUUGUUCCUCCAGCAGAUUCUUCAACCUUCUUCCCCAUUUCUGUGCGUUUUAGUGCUGCAAAUACAUUCAGUGACUUAAAGGUCGCUAAUAUCUUACCGCUGAGAGGUGGACCAUCUCCCAAGUUUUCUCAGAGAACUCUUCUAUCUACGGAGAACUACCAAGUUGUAUAAUUGAAAUUUGCUACGUAGACAAGUGGGCAUGGAUGUCUUUACAUUUUUAGAGAUGUUUCAUAUUCUUUUUGAAUUAAACUAGUAAGACAACUGCUCCUUUUUUUUUUCACCUUCAUUCUUUCUGAAAUUUGGCGAUAAAGUGAUGCUGGGCACGGUUAUUUCUUUGAUUAGCAUGAAACCUUUUUAUUUUUAUUA